UGCACCCCAGUGGGGCUUUGGCUUACCAGGGGUCACCUGGAACAAGCCCUGGGUCCCACCUGCAUGCUGGCUGGGUGCUGGUUGGUUCCCUGCGUCUCCCUCUCAGUGUGACCUUGGAAUAGGUGUGCAAGGACCCCAGCUCCAUGUACAUGGCACUUGUCUCCCAUAUUCCCACUCACGUGGGGCCCCUUCCCCAGGAAGCAGGAAGCAUGGCGGGAAGCCCUGCCCGCCCUGCUCAGGCUGCCCUGGCCCUUGCACUAGGUCUGGGUCCUUGCUUCUGUUCUCUUGUUAUGUCUUUGUCAUCUCUUGUCCCUUCCCUGAGGGAGCUCCUCCCUGAACGCCAUCUUUAUGGGGGCUGCACGUUGGCCUCUCCUCCCUGACUCUCAGCUUCCCCCUUUAGGCACCUUAGUCGCCUUGGGUGAUAUCUCAGGGUCCUCUAAGUUCCCACCAGGUGUCACCUGCUGGUUUGUCUUGUGCACCUUCACCCCCAUCCCCCUGGGGGGGGGCGGUCAGUGGUCCUUGGAUCAGAACUGAGUGCAAAAAUGUCCAGUCCCCAGCCCAAUUGCAAUUUUUUCAAGAAGCAAAGGGUACCUCCACCAGGAAGUCCACACAUCCAUGGUCAGAGCCUUCAGGUGGUCCUGGGGUGGCAUUUUUGGGCAAUGGUGGUGAGGAGGGGCCCAGAGCAAUGGGGCAGCCCAAGGGGGUCUUCCUGAGAGAUGGCCUCUUCCUCUGAGGUCUCCUUCAGUGGCCACCUGACUGGGUUCCAGUGGGUAUGGUCUGUGCACAGGGAAUACCCCCUGAACCUACUUAUUCCAAGUCACCUCCUAUCACCCCAAACCCUCAAGAAACUGAAUCUCCAGCUCAGAAAUAAUCCAGCGUAGUGUUCAGUGACGGUGGCUCCUUGGGUUACUUGGAAGGGCACAAAACCACUCCUGGAUGGGAAUGGGUUACACACAGGAAGGACACCUAUAGGCCGAGGGGGGCGCGGCAGGAGCCGGCAGGGUGCGUGGAGGCCCCGCUCCACCGCCCUCUAAUCGCCAGCGCCACCACCGCUGCCACAAGUCCGAUCACACUGGCCUCACACGGAGGCUUUCUCGGUUGCCCGGACGACGUGUCCGGACCGCAGUCAGCUGAUCGGUAGAGACGCCCCCACGCUCCCUGCCCCUGUAAAGGCUCAGUCUUGGGGUCGAGGCCGCCUCUCUUGGACUUCCCUACUCAAAUUCCAGCGCCCGGGCGACGUGAGGAUUCGUCUCGUGGGGUGGGGGUUCCGGAGCGGUCGGCUGAGGGAGGGAGGUAGUGGGGAGCCCAGGCCACGGGCAGCAGCCACCGGGACACUCGCUGUGCGCAGAGCCCUUGCCCCAAACUUCCAGUCAGGAGCCCAGGAGAGACGCUGGACAUUAAGACGCUGGACUCCCUGCCCGAGUUCACCAACUCACCCCCACCCCUGCUGGCCUCUCUCCGCGCUCAGGACACGAGACCCAGCCAUGUCUGCCUCUCCUGCAGCCACUUUAUUGCCUUCGGCCCUGAAUGAAGCCCACGGGCGGCGGCCCCGGGGAGAGCCGGGAAUGGCCGCCAUGCCCCUCAGCCAGCCGCUGCCCUGGGCCUGCCUCUACUCUGCCGCCACCUGCGCGCAGACCCGCCGCGUCCCGUCUUCUGAGAGCGAGCAGAAGUUUCGCGCGGGCCGAGCGCGGCCCCAGCACAGCCUGAGCCUAGCGGGCGCGUCCACCAUCAACAAGCGCGCAGAGCGCCAGCACCACCUGAUCCUCCUCUACACCCACGACAACAGCCUGCGCGUGGCGGCGGCAGGCGAGGCGGAGCAGCAGGCGUGAUACAACGCCCUGCUGGAGGCGCGCGGUGCCGCCCAAGCCCCGGCUUGCCAGGGACCCCGGGGGCUUGUGGCUGUGGUUUCUCCCUGGCUCGCCCCUGCCCCAGGUCACCGAAAGUUCAAGCAUUAAAGGGUUUGCAGGUUUAGAGUUCUCCCGGCACAGGCCCGGCGCGGUAGCUCACGCCUGUAAUCCCACUACUUUGGGAGGCCAAACGCGGGCGUAUCGCCCGAGGUCAGGAUCGCCUGAGGUGAGGAGUUCGAGACCAGCCUGGCCAACAUGGUGAAACC